AUGACGAGAUACGCUUCAGAACCUAGUAAUCCGGCUAAAUCAGCAAAAGCUCGAGGUGAACAUAAGCUUCGUGUGCAUUUUAAGAAUACACGGGAGGCAGCUCAGGCAAUAAAAGGCCUUAAAUUGGAAAAGGCGCUUGAAUAUUUGAAUGAUGUGAUUGAUCACAAGCGGGCUGUGCCUUUUAGGAGAUAUUGUGGUGGGAUUGGCCGUACUGCUCAAGGAAAGCCUUUUGGGGUUACUCUAGCCCGAUGGCCGAAAAAGUCUGCUGAGUUUUUGAUUGCUUUACUUAAGAAUGCAGAGAGCAAUGCCGAUUUGAAAGGUCUUAAUAUGGAAAACAUUGUUGUUAAGCAUAUUCAGGUGAAUAAAGCGCCAAAACAGCGUCGGAGAGCAUAUCGUGCUCAUGGUCGAAUUAAUCCUUAUAUGAAUAGUCCUUGUCAUAUUGAGGUUGUUCUUGUUGAAGAAGAUGAAACAGUGAAGAAAGCAGAUAAUUCUAAGGUUGUUCAGCGUAGCAAAUAA